AGGUCGCACGAAAAGACGAUUGUUGUUGUUGUUAUGAUGUAAAAUUUAAGCAAAGGAAACGCUUUAAGAUUUUAUCUAUUUAUAAACUCAUUGUCCUCUCUCUCAAUAUUUCUCAUAAUUUCCUUUCUAUUUUCGGCAUCUAGAUCUCGCAAAAAAGAAUUCUUUAAUUCUUCGAACGGCUUCAGCUGUCCUAUUUUGAGAAUUUGAGAUCUCGUCGUCGGCGGUAUUGGAUCCAGUUUUGGCUCGAGAUCUAUGAUCCGGAUCUGAGAAAUUAAAUUUGGGUAUAAUCGUUCAACGGGCAAAGGCCUGUGAUUAGAGAUGCCUAAUAAGAACGGGAUGGUAGAAUGCAGCGUCUGCCAUUCUAAAUUGCUGGUGCCGAGCCCCAGGGCCAUCUCGAAGGCAUAUGACAGGCACAGAAGCAAGAUAUCGAAGAAGUACCGGGCCUUGAACUUCCUUCUGGUUGUAGGAGACUGCAUCUUGGUUGGGCUUCAGCCAAUUCUAGUUUACAUGUCUAAGGUUGAUGGGAAAUUCAAGUUCAGUCCCAUCGGUGUUAAUUUCUUGACAGAAGCUGCAAAGGUUCUUUUUGCCAUAGUCAUGCUAUUGUUCCAGGCUAGACGUCAAAAGGUUGGAGAGAAACCUCUUCUUUCAGUUUCUACAUUGACACAGGCUGCUCGAAAUAAUGUUCUUCUUGCAGUUCCUGCUCUUCUAUACGCCGUCAACAAUUAUUUAAAGUUUAUCAUGCAGUUAUACUUCAAUCCUGCAACUGUGAAAAUGUUGAGCAACCUAAAGGUUUUGGUUAUUGCUGUCCUUUUAAAGAUGGUCAUGAGAAGGCGCUUUUCCAUAAUUCAGUGGGAAGCUCUUGCCCUCUUGCUUAUUGGGAUCAGUGUUAAUCAACUUCGUUCACAACCAGGCGGUACUACUGCACUUGAUCUUCCGGUUGCAACGAUUGCUUACUUCUACACAUUGAUAUUUGUAACAGUGCCAUCAAUGGCGUCUGUCUACAAUGAAUAUGCGUUGAAAAGCCAGUUUGAUACAAGUAUUUACCUUCAGAACCUAUUUCUAUAUGGCUAUGGUGCCAUAUUCAACUUUCUUGCCAUUGUUGGAAUUGCGAUAUUUAAAGGGCCCAGCAGCUUUGAUAUCCUUCAAGGCCACUCAAAGGCCACAAUGCUACUCAUAUUGAAUAAUGCAGCACAAGGCAUACUAUCCUCAUUCUUUUUCAAAUAUGCAGAUACAAUUUUGAAGAAAUAUUCAUCAACUGUCGCGACCAUUUUUACUGGGAUAGCAUCUGCUGUAUUAUUUGGCCAUCCUCUGACUGCAAACUUUAUGCUGGGGAUUUCAAUAGUGUUUAUAUCGAUGCAUCAGUUCUUUUCACCACUUGCGAAAGUUAAAGACAAUGCUCCAAACGGAACACUAGAAGCGCUCGAUGCUCAAAAUAGCAGAUCCAUGGAUGCUUCCUUCUUAGAUAUGACUGCUGGUGCCACUGAGGAUGCUAGCCAUCGUGUAGUGCAUGAUGAGAGGAAACCCCUUCUGCCCACUUGAUGUCACUCCGAAGGAACUUUGAGGUACUAUGUUUUCUGCGACAGGAAAAUUUUGGAGAUUAUUUUGACUAGACCUGGUACAAACCUAACCAGUUCUAGGCACAAUAAAUAACAUACUUUGCUUCAGAUGGAGUACAGAUUUAUAUUCUUUGCUCAUCCUUCCAUCCGAUAUCUUAUAGAUGGAGAGCGAUGAAGUUGAAAGACAAUGUAUCAUGUCCAAGCGAUAUAAUCUUUGACCUCACAUCAAUUUUUGCUCGCAGCGAUUUCUAUGUUUUAUACCCUACAUUUAAUUUGCUUUUGGCGCUUUAGAUUUUACUUGUAAUAUUGGAAUGUACAUCAACCCUAUUCUUUUAAUUAUACAAAUACUGGAUUUUUUUUAUUCA